AGGAAGGGCGGUUUCAACCUUCGCGUCAUAUUUCAUUCGCUGUUAAAACCGUUUGCAAAUACAGAAUUAUCAUGUCACAGUCUGGACGAGACUAUGCCACUCACCCUGGCCAGAGCCAGUCAACUAAUCAUUCCCCGCAACGUACAACACCACCACCUCCGACUGCGAAUAUUACAAGUUUCCUUCAAAAUCCGGAGUUCAUACAGGGCUUGUCUUCAUUAAUAGCUCGGGCCAUGCCUAGAAACUCGAGCACGAUGCCAUUGACUACUAACCCAACAGAACAUCCCACUCAUAUUCAUCAUGAUCAUGAAGUACAUGCUGCGACGUCACAUGCUACAUCCCAACCUCAUCAUACCUCUCCAAGUCAAGAAGAUCCAGUUCAUGUGAUUGUGAAUCCUGUAACGAACAAUCAAGCCCAAGAUCAACCCCCUGUGCAGGAGAUGACUGCUGAGAGUCAUUCUGCUCAUCGUCAGAGAGUUUCCCCUCGUCCUAGGCCCAUCUCAUCAGCACCUCACGUUCGCGAGGAUUUACGACGCCAAAUUGAGCGCAAUCGCCUUUCGAGACAUAGUGCGGAGGAAAUCGAAACCCUCCGCAAACGUUUGGCCGAACUUGAAAUGCGACAGAAGUCACAAGAAGAUUCACCCCGACAUGUCGCGACGUCGGGAAAUGUUGUUGUUGAGACAGAUUCUCCGUUAGCCCCUGAGCUUACCGCGGAGCCACUCCCUGUCAAAGUAAAUAUUCCGCAAAUCGGUAUGUAUGAUGGGACGUCGGAUCCAGACGCUCAUUUAGGUCAUUAUACAUCUUGGAUGGAUUUACACGGAGCUUCAGAUGCUCUGAGUCUGAUGCUGCUUACAACUUCGCCUGACUUUCAUAUGAUUGAAGGACGAGAUUUUAAUAGCCUUGUUGAGCUAAAUAAUUUAGUUCCUUGUCAUGAGCAAGUUGAUCAGUUCACCUCGGACACCGACAUGCCUCAAGUACCGACAUCUGAUACCGACAUCCCUAUGACGUCGGUCUCGUCUAAAAUAUCAACAGAAGUCCAUGGCCAAGAACAGUCUGCCCAUGAAGAAGGCAUAAAGAUGCAUGAAGAUAUGGACCCAAGGAUGCAGUUCAAAGAUGGAAGCCAUCAUAUUCGAGCGGAGCCUGUUGAAGAUAUUGAGGUCAUUUACGUGGACGGGUCAGAACAACAGAAGUCGCUGCGUAAUGGGGCCAAUCUGCAAGAACCCCUUCGGUCAAGUUUGAUUCAAUUCCUCCAGUCAAACACUGAUGUAUUUGCAUGGAAGCAUGAGGACAUGAAAGGGAUCGACCCACAGAAGGCAUGUCAUCGUCUUAAUUUAGACAAGACUGUCAAACCGGUUAUUCAGAAACGUCGGAAAUUUGGUCCAGAUCGCCAAAAGGCUCUUGAAGAAGAGGUAAAUAAGCUCAUCAAUAAUAAAUUUGUUAAAGAAGCCAAGUAUCCGACGUGGAUAUCGAACCCUGUCUUGGUUAAGAAAGCAACCGGCCUUUGGCGUCUCUGCAUAGAUUUCUCUGACUUAAAUCAAGCCUGCCCGAAAGAUAGCUAUCCCAUUCCACAUAUCGAUUAUAUGGUGGACGCUACGUCGGGACACCAACUCAUGAGUUUUUUGGAUGCCUAUUCAGGCUACAAUCAGAUUCCCAUGCAUCCAGAUGAUGCUGAACAUACCUCAUUCUAUUCAGCCCGUGGCCUCUAUUGCUACGUUAUGAUGACUUUUGGAUUGAAGAAUGCAGGGGCCACGUAUCAGAGAUUGGUCAAUAAGAUGUUUGCUCGUUUAAUUGGCCAUACCAUGGAAGUCUAUGUAGACGACAUGUUGGUGAAGUCGGAACAGGCCGCCGACCAUAUUGCUCAUCUCUCCGAAGUCUUUGAUAUACUCCGAGAAUACUCCAUGGUACUUAACCCUAAAAAAUGUACUUUUGGAGUUGGGUCAGGGAAGUUUCUAGGGUACAUGGUGAGCCAAAGAGGGAUCGAAGCCAAUCCUGCCAAGAUUCAAGCCAUACUUGACCUAGCUCCCCCGACAUCUCUCAAAGGCGUCCAAGCCCUAACCGGUCGGUUGGCGGCCCUUAAUCGGUUCAUUUCAAAAUCUACAGAUCAUUGUAAACCAUUCUUUGAUGCCAUCAAAAAGAAGAAGCCGUUUGAGUGGACCGUGGAAUGUCAAAAUGCUUUUGACAACAUUAAACAAGUUCUCUUGCAGUUACCAACGUUGCAAAAGCCACUUCCCGAUGAGCCCCUCUAUUUGUAUCUUGGUGUAAGUAAUGUUGCAGUUAGUGCUGUCCUUAUACGUCAAGACGGACUUCAGCAGUUUCCAGUGUAUUAUGUUAGCAAGGCCUUGCAUGACGCGGAGUUGCGAUAUCCGCAUAUGGAGAAGCUGGCCUAUGCUCUGAUCAUUGCUGCACGAAAGUUGCGCCCAUAUUUCUUGGAGCACUCAAUUGUUGUGUUCACGGCAUAUCCUCUCCGACAAAUCCUUCAUCGACCUGACACGUCGGGAAGAAUGAUCAAAUGGGCAAUCGAGUUGGGACAGUUCGAUAUACAGUACCGGCCACGAACCGCUAUCAAGGCCCAA